UAUGUAUGCAAUGAGUGUGAAAAGACAUUCAAUCGACCCAGUGCUCUCCGUGCUCAUACUCUUACUCAUACAGGAGAAAAGCCUCAUGCCUGUGACAUCCCAGGAUGUGGCCGUCGCUUUACAGUAGUUAGUAAUCUGAGACGUCAUUUGCGUGUCCAUCAAAAGCCUCAUUCUAGACGA